AUGCAGUUCCUCGCCACUUUGAUAUUUCUGUACGUUGAUAUUCCGCCAUCUUUAGGGCGCCGAUGGAACGUACCGCAAUCUCCUCCUACGGUGUACAACCGCCUUCGCCCAAUUUCCCAGAAGUCAAAAAUUGCUGGCAAAGAAUGCAGUCUCAUUGUCGACGAGAUCCCUGAUCAUCGCAGUAGAGGAAAAUUGCGACCCCUUACCCGACUUUGCAUCCGCCUCAAUGACAUCCAGCUGAAAGCCAGGCUUCAACAGGUCGGCGACUUCAACUCACGUUACAUGGCAAUCAACGAGACAGAUGCCAGAAGACUUCGGGACAAGCUUCCAAGCAAAUUCUAUCAAAAUAACAAAUCGCGUGUGGGUCAAAGCGGAUUAACUCGCUUAUGUACGGAACGUACUAUUGUCACAAGCCUGCCAGAAGGAGUUUUCCCCAGAUUUAUCAGAGAAGUCAAAUGUCAAGGUGACAGCUGCCUCAAGAAUGAGGGACGAUGCAUUCAGCGGUUCAUGGAGUUUACAUUUAUUCAUUUCACUGGGGAAUAUGAGUUCCAUGAAACCGUUAGUUAUUGGCCACGGAUUGAUAUUUACACCGAGGUAUGGAAUCCGUAUACGCAAGAAAUCGGUAUUUGCUGCGAAUGCCAACGGCUGAGCCUGGGCCGAAACAGUAAGCAAAUAUCUGAUUGUUUAUUGUUUCUGCUUAAAGUUAGUCAUGCAAUGACGUCAUGGUUCAGUGUGGUUAUUUUGGCACUCGCCCUAAUGACGCACAAGAGAGAUGAUGCUCUGAGCCAAUUAUUAGGAAUUAAUGUUUACAUGGAGGAAUGGGAAGAUUAUAAACAAGAUAUCAGAUCCUGCUGUGAAUGCCGGAUAUUUUCAAUAUUCGGACGCAAAUAAUUAUCGAGUUAUUCGCAUUCAAAUAUAAUUUAUAUUUCAUUAGUAGAAAAUAGCGUUGAAACACGACUAUUUUUCAUGCAUUUUAUUGUUUAAUUUCUGAUUAUGAAGUUAUUGCUAUCAUUGUUUUGAAAGCAAAUGAAUGCUUCAAAGAGAUUUACAUUUGGA